GAUCUUACAUUUUCCUUUUACAGCUAAUUAAUUUUUCAAAACUCCCUUUUAUGCUUUUCAUGUGUCUGCACUUUCACAAUUUCUUCGAUCUGUUUUCUGUUUUUUGUUGUUUACAUCGAAGGGUGGAUGGAUCGAUCGUAAGAACAAUUCCCUCGCUCGGCACCUUCACUUCAUCACUCUUGCUUCAUUAUUGGGGUUUUGAUACUUGAUUUAUGAAUGCUGGUGUCCUGUGAAUUAGUUUUCAGAGUAGAUGUUUCUCCUGAUUGUGUCUGGGCUAGAUAAGGACUGGCAACCAAAGUUCUGAUAAGGGUUCUUUAAUGGCCUUUGAACACUGCGUUUCGCAGCAAUGGAAAACCAUCCCUAGCCCCGUGACUGUGACAGAAAAUUUUGAUGGGUGUUUUGAUUGCAACAUCUGCUUAGAUUUUGCGCAUGAACCAAUCGUUACCCUUUGUGGUCACCUAUACUGCUGGCCUUGCAUCUACAAGUGGCUCCAUGUCCAAAGUGCUUCUCUUGCACCUGAUGAGCACCCACAAUGCCCUGUUUGCAAGGAAGAUAUAUGCCACACCACAAUGGUUCCUCUCUAUGGCCGUGGCCAGGCCAUAGCUCCUAAUGACCGUGAUGUGAAGGCUUCCUAUAGAGAUGUUUUCAUCCCACCAAGACCACCUGCUUUGGGUACUCAAUCUCUCAUGCCAACAUCAUCUCAAAGUGGCCAGCAACUUCCAUAUCGCAAUCCGUAUCAGAGUCAGCAUUUCAAUCCUCCUUUAUACCAAGAAGAGGAUGAAUCGUCAACACAAAUGCUUCUCAGUCCUGGUGCCAUGGCACCAGGGUUCCCCCACCUUGUGGUUGGGAUGUUUGGAGAGAUGUUUUAUACCCGAGUCUUUGGCAACUCAGAAAAUGUAUACACUUACCCAAAUUCUUAUCACCUGGCAGUAAGUAACAACCCCAGGUUGAGAAGGCAGGAGAUGCAGGCAGACAAAUCACUGAACAGAAUUUCAAUUUUUCUCUUCUGUUGCUUCCUUCUGUGUCUCAUCGUCUUCUAAGCAAGUAAUUGGAUUGUUCUGUAUUUCUCCAUUGUAUAAUUUGUAAGGAAGAACGGGUUCAAACUCAAGAACGAGAUAGAUUAAUUGUAUUUUAGGUUAAAAGAACUGAUGUUCUUCAACAUUUACUACAAUAUAUUAGAGCUCCAUUUUAAGGAAAGUCAUUCUGUAUGACUGUUGAGAAGUAUUGUAUUGUACUCAAUUCUGUUUCAUACUGCAGUUUUAAAAAAUUGAAAUUU